AUGGACAUCCUUGAGACAGAUGCCUAUGACAGGCGGCAGAGGAGAAACACGUCCUGCGCUCUCCUUGUUUCUCUCCUGCCUUUCUUUUUGUCUGCAGGUGUGUUCUUCUACCUGUGGACACCUGACUCUCCCGCAUCCAUCAUGUCUGCAGGUGUCAAAUCAGCACCAAUACUCCUAUUGGCUGCAGCAGUGCUGAGCUGGAAUGGAGGUCGGAGUGUGCUGGGUGUGGUGGGAGGAUUGGUUUUCUCUGCUGUUGGUGACUGCUGCUUAGUGUGGCCUGAGCUUUUUCUGCAUGGAAUGGGUGCAUUUGCGGUGGCUCAUCUGCUGUACUCGAUCACCUUCCUCUCCAGUCGUUAUGCAACAUAUGCCUCCUCUUCCUUCUGGACUCGUUCUCUGUAUCUGAUCCUGUUCACGGUGGGAGGAGGUUUCUACAUCUACAUGUAUCCAUUCCUGCAGAAGGCACCAAACUCCGAAAUACUGCUUCCAGCUGUGGGGGUCUACAUUGUCCUGAUUGUUCUAAUGGGGUCAUUAGCGAUCAGAACCCGCAACGUGGCAACACUGUUAGGGAGUUUGUCCUUCAUGGUGUCUGACCUGUCACUGGCUGUGCAAGUUUUCAAGGCGACAGCCCCAAUGGAGCAUGGUCACACUGUCGUCAUGGUUACAUAUUAUUUGGCACAGCUACUAAUAGCUGUGGGCGAUGUAAAUGCAGUCGAGAACAAGGACGACUUGUCAAAAUGGAAGAGGUCCUAA